UGGAGGUUUCCGGCCACAGAGGCAGGGCCUCAGGGGAGCCAAGAGAGGCGGAGAGAGACACACACAGAGGAGCAGAGACCAACGGACGAACAGACGGGUAGACAGAGACAAAAGCCUGGAGGAAAGGGACCAGGAAGAAGCUGGGAGAGGCAGGAACCAGGGGCUAGUGAUUUGCACGCACUCCAGUCCCCAGAGACAUCCCUCUGCAGCCUGGGGUGCUGCAGAGCCCAGCCUGAUGCAGGCAGCCUGGCUGCUUGGGGCCCUGGUGGUCCCUCAGCUCCUGGGCUUCAGCCAUGGGGCUCGAGGAGCGGACAGGGAGUGGGAGGGGGUCUGGGGAGGUGCCCAAGAGGAAGAACGGGAGAGGGAGGCCCUGAUGCUAAAGCAUUUGCAGGAGGCCCUGGGGCUGCCCGCUGGGAGGGGGGACGAAAACCCUGAGGGAACCCCUGAAGACAAAGAGACCUGGUGGACCGAGGAAGACGGUCAGGGGGAGGAAGAGGAGGAAACAACGGUAACCCCCUCCUCUAGCCCUAGCCCCUCUCCCACCCCUGAGGACACCGUCACUUAUAUCCUGGGCCGCCUGGCCGGCCUGGACGCAGGCCUGCACCAGCUGCACGUCCGUCUGCACGCGUUGGACACCCGCGUGGUCGAGUUGACUCGGGGGCUGCGGCAGCUGCGGGAGGCGACAAGCGACACCCGCGACGCCGUGCAAGCCCUGCAGGAGGCGCAGAGCCGCGCGGAGCGCGAGCAUGGCCGCUUAGAGGGCUGUCUGAAGGGGCUGCGCCUGGGCCACAAAUGCUUCCUGCUCUCGCGCGACUUCGAGGCGCAGGCGGCGGCGCAGGCGCGGUGCGUGGCACGGGGCGGGAGCCUGGCACAGCCAGCUGACCGUCAGCAGAUGGAGGCGCUCGCUCGUUAUUUGCGCGCGGCGCUCGCUCCCUACAACUGGCCAGUGUGGCUGGGCGUGCACGACCGGCGCUCCGAGGGACUAUACCUCUUCGAGAACGGCCAGCGCGUGUCCUUCUUCGCCUGGCACCGCGCGCCCCGUCCAGAGCCUGGAGCCGGUCCUAGCCCCGCGCCGCACCCGCUCAGCCCCAACCAGCCCAACGGCGGCACGCUCGAGAACUGCGUGGCACAGGCCUCGGAUGACGGCUCCUGGUGGGACCACGACUGCGAACGCCGCCUCUACUACGUCUGCGAGUACCCCUUCUAGCGGGGCCGGUCCUCGCGUCUCCAGUUCAUCCCACCACUCGCCGUUUGGCUAGGCCGUUCACCCUGCGAGAACGCCCUUCUCUCCCUCUCUCCCUGCCCACGGAUGGAAGCGUGUUCCGCCUGGCUGGGCGAUCCCAGGGGGCCUUCUGCGGAGCCGAGAGCCCUUACUCGCCCGCGUCUUUCUUGGAAGCAGCGGGCACCAGGCUAAGUUCCGCCAAUAAAGCCUUGUGGAAUCUGACUUGAGCGGGCGGUGGAGGCACUUUUGGUCUUUAUCUCGUCGCCGGGCAAGCCUGGAAGGGCAAGACCCUGGCCUUUGGAUGCCUAUCCCGUUCCGCUUUUACAUGUAUAAUUUGAGCCCUAGAAUCAGAAUGAUGGCGAACACAUGUACACGCAUCAUCUGCUCCUGCACACAGAUGCCCGGAGUACACGCGUGCACAGGCUGCUGACGUCUCCACCCCCAUCGUGUCCCACUCACGGCCUUUGGGACACAGGGCCUGUCAAUCAUUGUCCAGGCCUUGGCCUUGGUCCUGGUCAAAGAGAUCUGGGAAAUACAAAGGAGCUAAAGGUUCUGACAAGGCCUG